GCUGAUCAAGGGCCUAAAGGCGCACAGGGAGCCAAAGGGGUCAAAGGAGAAGAGGGACCCGCAGGACAACAGGGUAUCCAAGGAGAGACAGAGAAGAGGGGAAACUGGAUUUCCAGGCGCUCGAGGACCCAGUGGACAAAAGAUGUUCUACACUGGAGGUGGAAUGAACCCUGUCAGAUCCUUCGCUCCUGCUACGUUCAAGAGGAACUCCAUGAACCACUGGGUAAGAAAAAUAUAUACAAAUUAUGCAUAAAAAAACAUGAUCAUAGUCUCGCAUUGUUCGUAAACUAUUUUCAAUUCAGAUAUAAUAGAUGUAAUAGUGUUACAUUGUUUUAGUCUUUUACAGAAUGCGCAAUGCACUGCAUGUAUUUCUCAGCUGCUCACAUGUAACUAUAAUAUGGUUUCUGUUCUUCCCUCCUCGUGCCUGCGCCCGUCGGUCCGUGUCUCCGUCCAGCCAGCUGUGCGUGCAUCCGUCUCUGCGUCCGUGCCUACGUCUGGCCGGCAGUGCAUCCGUCCGUGCGUCAGUCGGUCUGUGCGUCCGUCUGUGCUUCAGUCUGUGCUUCCGUCUCUGCCCACGUCCGUGCCCACGUCCGGCCGGCUGUGUGUCCGUCCGUGCGUGCGUCAGUCCGUUUGUGCGUCCGUGCCAACGUUUGGCUGGACGUGCUUCCAUCUGGGCUUCCGUCCGUGCCGACGUCUGGCCGACCGCACGUCCGUCUGUGCCCACGUCCGUGCCACCGUCUGGCCGUCCGUCCGUCCGUCUGUGCGUGCGUCAGUCUGUCUGUGCGUCCGUGCCAACGUUUGGCCGGACGUGCUUCCGUCUGUGCCCACGCCCGUGCCUACGUCUGGCCGACCGUGCGUCCGUCUGUGCCCACGUCCGUGCCACCGUCUGGCCGGCCGUGCGUCCGUCUGUGCGUGCGUCAGUCCGUCUGUGCGUCCGUGCCAACGUUUGGCCGGACGUGCUUCCGUCUGUGCCCACGUCCGUGCCUACGUCUGGCCGGACGUGCGUCCGUCUGUGCCCACGUCCGUGCCUCCGUCUUGCCGGACGUGCGUCCGUCUAUGCCCACGUCCGUGCCUCCGUCCGGCCGGCUGUGCGUCCGUCUAACCGUCCGUCUGUGCGUCCGGCCGUCCGUCUGUGCGUCCGGCCGUCCGUGCGUCAGUCCGUCUGUGCGUCCGUGCCUACGUCUGGCCAGACGUGCGUCCGUCUGUGCCCACGUCUGUGCUUCCAUCUGUCUGUGCCUCCGUCCGGCUGGCUGUCCGUCCGUGUGUGCGUGCCCACGUCCGUGUGUGCAUGCGUGCGUCUAUCUGUCCAUUAGUCCGUCUGUGCAUUUAUCCGUGCCUACGUCCGGCCGGGCCCAUGUCUGUGCGUCCGUGCGUAUGUCAGUCUGUUUGCCCGCAAAAACA